AUGUCCACUGUACCCAUACGUAGAACUACGCGUUCAAGAAAUGUAGAUGAGAAUUCUACUGCAAAUCCUUCAACCUUGAACCGGAAAAUAUCCUCCAAUCAGAUUUCAACCAAACCAACAAUCACAAAGAAAGCUGAUAACACAAUUCUAGAUGGGAAGCGUAAAAGAAAUGCUUUAGGCGACUUGACGCGUACCCAUACAAACAAUGACAAAUCCCUUCCACCACAGCAGUCUGACAAGUUGGUCCAGAAGAAGCCUUCAACUACUUUAUCCAAAGAAUCAGCUUCCUCAAUUGUUCCACCUGGUGGCAAGCGUACUACUCGAUCAACCUCGAACUCUACCGCUAAGCCUGUCGAUGAAGGUGUACCGAUCGACACUACAAAGCGUAGAGUAACAAAGCCAACAGCCACUUCUUUGCAACAAAAAUCGAAAAUAGGUAGACCUGCUCAGAUCAAGAAGAAACAAAUUGAUGAUGAGAUGGAUUACGUAGAUGAGCCCGAUGUGAAGCGUCAAAGAACUUCUUCACCUAGGGAGCAACUACUAUUAGAAGCUCAAAGAUUCGAAGCUGAUGAGGACAGACGCAGGUUAGCAAAAACUAACGCGAACCUUCCUCCAGCAGAUGAAGGUUGGGAAGAUCUUGACGCAGAAGAUGAAGGUGAUCCUUUAAUGGUUUCUGAGUACGUCAUUGAAAUCUUUGAGUAUAUGAAAGUAUUGGAACAAAACACUAUGCCCAAUCCAAACUACAUGGAUAAUCAAAAGGAGUUAAGAUGGAGAAUGAGAGGUGUCUUGGUUGACUGGUUAAUCGAGAUUCAUCACAAAUUUAGACUACUACCUGAAACUUUAUUCUUGGCUGUCAAUAUCGUUGAUAGAUUCUUAUCUUUGAGGAUAGUAUCAAUCAUCAAGUUACAAUUGGUCGGUUUGACUGCCAUGUUGAUAGCAGCAAAGUAUGAAGAAGUCAUGUGUCCAACUGUUUCAAACGUCGUUUAUAUGUCCGAUGGCGGUUACGAAGAAUCAGAAUUACUCAAGGCUGAGCAAUAUGUUUUGCAAAUUCUGUCUUGGGAUUUAUCAUAUCCAAACCCAAUCCACUUCUUAAGAAGAGUAUCGAAAGCCGAUGACUACGACAUUGAGACUAGGACUUUGGCAAAGUAUUUCAUGGAGAUUAGCUGCGUUGAAGAGAAGUUGUUGCAAUUUCCACCUUCACAAAUAGCAGCUGCUGGUACAUACUUGGCUAGAAUGUGUUUAGAUAGAGGUGAAUGGACCCCAAAUCUAGUACACUACUCAAGCUACUCAGUUUUGGAGUUAUGUCCAUGCGCUCAAGUUAUGCUGGACUAUGUCAAGUCAAAGGAUAUCAAGCAUGAUGCUUUCUAUAGAAAAUACGCUUCAAAGAAAUUCUUGAAGGCUUCAACUUUUGUUAGAGAAUGGGCUUUAGGAUUGUAUGGACACGACGGUAAAGCUGAUCUCGCUGAGGAGUAUAAGAGGGAGUGUGAAAGUGAAGGUGUUGAGCCUAGAUGA